AUGGGAAUCGUGUUAUCACUGUAUUUUGGAUUCAGCCAAUACUACCCUCCGCCUCCGACCUGGUCUCCGAAAGAGAUGCCGGACUUGACGGGCCAAGUUGUCAUCGUCACUGGGGGUAAUACUGGUUUAGGGAAGCUUACAGUCAAGGAACUCCUCGAACACAAUGCAAGAGUCUACAUCGCCGCUCGUAACCGCAAGUCCUCGGAGGAGACCAUAGAAGAACUGCGUUUACAAACAGGAAAAGAGGCGAUGUUCCUACACCUGGAUCUGGCAGACUUGCCCUCCGUGAAGUCCUGUGCCGAAGAGUUCAUGUCCAAGGAGGCUCAGUUACACCUUCUUUACAACAACGCAGGCAUUAUGGAACCUCCGGUUAGACAGCUAACCGCGCAGGGCUUUGACCUGCAAUUUGGCGUCAAUGUUCUCGGUCACUUCUACCUUACGAAACUCCUCUUGCCCAUACUGCUCUCCACUGCAAGGGUCUCUCCCGAGAAGCAUGUCCGUGUUGUCAACCUUUCAUCGUUGGCUCACGUAUAUUUUCCCUACCUAAACUUCAAUUCGUUCAAAGAUAGUCCGGUGAGGAGAACGCUUGGGAUAAUACCAUCAAUGUUGUACUCCCAGAGUAAAUUCGGAAAUGUUGUCUUCUCAAAGGAGCUUGCUCGAAGAUACGGAGAACAAGGCAUUGUUUCCAUGUCCCUUCAUCCAGGAGCGAUUGAUACUUCUCUUUGGACUGCGGGUGCAAUGCCGUGGAUCAUUGUCUUCCUUGCGCGACUUUUCGUAAUUCAAUCUUUGGAGUAUGGUGCUUAUACUCAACUUUACGCGGGUACGGCACCAGAGGCAGCUGAAAUGAAUGGUCAGCACUUUAUUCCGUGGGCCCGACAUGGAAAGGCACAUCAAAACUCUGAGGAUGCCGUUCUUGGAAGGCAGCUAUGGGAAUAUAUGGAAGAACAGGUCAAGAAUGUCGAGACGCGUAUACACGAUACUUAG